AGACGGGUUUCACCAUGUUGGCCAGGCUAGUCUGGAACUCCUGACCUCAGGUGAUCUGCCUGCCUCAGCCUCCCAAAAUGCUGGGAUUACAGGCAUGAGCCACUGCAGACGGCCCACCUUUAACCUUUUGAGGAACUGCAGCUAUUUCCCAAAGUGGCUGCACCAUUUUACAUUCCCACCAGCAGUAUAUGAGGGUUCCAAUUUCUUCACAUCCUCCCCUAAACUUACUAUUAUUUGUCUUUUUUAUUACAGCCAUCUUCCAAUAAAUUCAAGUUUUUAUUUUGGAAUGACUUUCCAUUUAAAGAAUUUCGAGGAUACUACAAAGAGUUCCAGUAUAUCCUUCAUUCAUCUUUCUCUAAUGGGAGAGAAGGAUUAUUUUGAAAAAAAAAAAAAAAAAAAAAAAAAAAAAGAAAUGAUACCAAGUAAUCCAGCUUUAGUCUUUGUUGACUGAAGUGGGUAUUAGGAGCUUUGGCCAGUCAAAGCAAAAGAUAGCGAAAAGAUAGUCACAUCAAGGUGUCCAAGUUAAGAAAACCAGGAGGUAGAAUUCAAGGAGACCAUGUCAAAUCCUGUCAGCAAAGUCAAGGUCGGAAAGGAAGCCACUUCCUAAAGACCCACACCACUGGUGGUAUCAUCACGCUGUUGCACCAUCUGGAUGUUUUCUAAUUGUCCCGGGCUGUUUUCUCUCCAAUUGGACUGUAAACUCCUGGCAGGCUCAGGCAGUGCUUUGAAGGUCUCUCACACGGUCCAACCUUACGCUUUUCGAAAAGCACUUACUGAAAGCACCUCGACGGCCGGUAGCGGUGGCUCACGACUGUAAUCCCAGCACUUUGGGACGCCAAGGCGGGCGGAUCACCUGGGCUCAAGAGUUCGAGACCAGCCUGGCCAACAUAGUGAACCCACGUCUCUACUAAAAAUACAAAAAUUAGCCAGGAGUUCGAGACCAGACUUGCCAACAUACUGAAACCCUGUCUCUACUAAAAAUACAAAAAUUAGCCAGGCUUGGUGGCGCGCACCUGUAGUCCCAGCUACUCGGGAGCCUGAGGCAGGAGAAUCGCCUGAACCCGCGAGGCGGAGGUUGCAGUGAGCUGAGAUUGCGCCACUGCACUCCAGCCUGGGCGACACAGUGAGAAAGAAAGGAAGGAGAGAAAGAGAGAGAAAGAAAAAGAGAAAGAGACAGAAAGCAAGCAAGCAAGCAAGCAAGCACCUCAACAGUGACAGAGACGUAAAGAAAGAGAGACAGAGACAGAAAGAAAGAAAGCACCUCCUCAGCUUCCCAUAGCGCAGGAGACUUGCUCGAGCGGGAACCUACGGUCAGGCGACACAUCCACUGCCACACCCAUACCCAAGCCGGGACGCGGAACCGCUUCUACCCGCCCACACCGGAGAGGUUGCUCGCGAUUGGCCGCGCGGGCACAGAGGCCCGCCUUCCGAAGGUGGCAGGGCAGCUUCCCCAUCUAACCCUGGGUCGCCGCCUCGGUGAGGGGCCGCGGGGCAGAGCGCGGGAAGUGGCGUUCAGCCGUUUUUUGGCAGGGGAGAGCCAGAGCGUGAGAACCUUCCCACGGCGAGGCCAAGGCCUGAGACUGGACUAGCAAGGUCGUGAGUCUCUCGGUCAGCUCUCCGCAGCGAAGGGGCGUGGGGGGCGGGGACCGCGCCCGACCGUGCCAGCUCCCGCCCCGGAAGCGGAAGUGCAAGCACUGCGAAGUCCUGUCCAGUGUGAGUCCGACCCGAGCUCCAGUAGUUCCGCCCGCUGGUCAUCGCGCCCUCUCCCCUGCCGGUGUCCUGCUCGCCGUCCCCGCCAUGCUGUCUCUAGACUUUUUGGACGAUGUGCGGCGGAUGAACAAGCGGCAGCUUUAUUAUCAAGUCCUAAAUUUUGGAAUGAUUGUCUCAUCGGCACUAAUGAUCUGGAAGGGGUUAAUGGUAAUAACUGGAAGUGAAAGUCCAAUUGUAGUGGUGCUCAGUGGCAGCAUGGAACCUGCAUUUCAUAGAGGAGAUCUUCUCUUUCUAACAAAUCGAGUUGAAGAUCCCAUACGAGUGGGAGAAAUUGUUGUUUUCAGAAUAGAAGGAAGAGAGAUUCCUAUAGUUCACCGAGUCUUGAAGAUUCAUGAAAAGCAAAAUGGGCAUAUCAAGUUUUUGACCAAAGGAGAUAAUAAUGCGGUUGAUGACCGAGGCCUCUAUAAACAAGGACAACAUUGGCUAGAGAAAAAAGAUGUUGUGGGGAGAGCCAGGGGAUUUGUUCCUUAUAUUGGAAUUGUGACGAUCCUCAUGAAUGACUAUCCUAAAUUUAAGUAUGCAGUGCUUUUUUUGCUGGGUUUAUUUGUGCUAGUUCAUCGUGAGUAAGAAGCCUGCCUUGCUGUUCCUGGGAAGAUGCCAUACUUUUCGUUACUGGAUGUUUGGAGUAGAUACUGGUCUGUGAUUGGUGGAAUGGAGAACACACGUGUUGGUGCUUCUUGGUAGCACUGGUUUGCAUUAGUUUAUGUUUCCACGCCAGAGUUUGUGUGGGCGGGCGCAUGUGCACCACAGAGUGCACUCGAGGGGACUUUCAAUCACAGGAUUUCAUAAUUGUCAUUGUCACACUUUCAAAUUUUUGUACAUCGGUGAAUUUUUUAUAUUAAAAGGUUGAGCCAAAGCCCCCAGUGUUUGUAUUUUGAAGCCAAGCUUCACUUCUAAAGUGCCUACAGAGACUUGUAAAUGAAAAUGCAGCUCUGCACGAGUUUGAAACCGUCAUACCUCCUUCUAAUAGGAAUGGCAUAUACUGAAGUGGUCGUAAGUCUUAACUUUUAAAAUUUUAAAUAAAAGACUUUGCACAUUGAA